AAUGUCUUUCUUUUCCUCCCGAAGCACUGCGAAGGAAACACGCGUGAUUCUGUGAAUUGUAACCGCAGCCUUCGAAAUGACGAAAGGUACUUCCAGCUUUGGAAAGCGCCACAACAAAACCCACACGUUGUGCCGCCGAUGUGGCCGCUCGUCGUACCACAUUCAGAAGCAUACUUGCUCCCGCUGCGGCUACCCCGCAGCUAAGAUCCGAUCAUACAAUUGGUCGGUUAAGGCCAAGAGGAGGAAGACCACUGGCACUGGCCGUAUGCGCCACCUGAAGGUAGUGCGUCGCCGUUUCCGCAAUGGUUUCCGCGAGGGGCAGGUAGCGAAGCCUCGCAAGGCCACCGCCUGAAGUGUGUGAAGCCGUCUAUCGACGAGGGUUGAAGCAAUCCUUCGUUGAGUUUUGUUUUUCACCAACUAUAUCUCUUGAGGAAACGAAAUAAAUAGCACUGGGGAAAAACUAA